UCCCUGAGGAGGGCAAUGACCGAGUACAAGCUGGUGGUGGUGGGAGCUGGUGGCGUUGGAAAAAGUGCCCUGACCAUCCAGCUUAUCCAAAAUCACUUUGUGGAUGAAUAUGAUCCAACCAUUGAGGACUCCUAUCGGAAGCAGGUAGUUAUCGAUGGGGAGACCUUUUUGCUGGACAUCCUGGACACAGCUGGGCAGGAAGAAUAUAGUGCCAUGAGGGACCAGUAUAUGAGAACUGGUGAAGGCUUUCUUUGUGUUUUUGCAAUUAACAACAGCAAAUCAUUUGCAGACAUCAAUCUUUACAGAGAGCAGAUUAAGAGAGUGAAAGAUUCAGAAGAUGUACCAAUGGUAUUAGUGGGAAACAAAUGCGACUUACCAACACGGACGGUAGAUACCAAACAAGCUCAAGAAAUAGCCAAGAGCUACGGAAUUCCCUUCAUUGAGACAUCUGCCAAAACAAGACAGGGUGUAGAAGAUGCCUUUUACACGCUGGUUAGGGAAAUUCGCCAGUAUCGGAUGAAAAGGUUGAGCAGCAGCGAAGAUGGGAGUCAAGGCUGCAUGGGGCUAUCGUGCCUUGUGAUGUGAUCAGGUG